CAGCCUUACACAAAAAUGUGUAAAAUCCUUGGGUCAAUAUUUCAAAAAUUUUAGAUAAUGAAACAAUAAAGUAUAUAAGUAAAAAAAAACAGUAUGUCGACGCUAAUCACCUAACACCCUACAAUGAACGAAAUAUUUGAACAAUGAAUUUUAGUAUCAGCAUAAUUUUUGGCAUAUUGCUGAGCUUGGUCAGCAUUGUAAACUGCCUGCCCGUACCUCUGAACAUCAGGGUGCUUGAGACCAGCGUAGAAGCAGCUAUAUCAGAAGAAAACUACAACUUUUUUGAUGAAUAUUUCAAGAAUGCUGGUUUCAUGAGCUUGUACUAAUUGAAUGAAAAUAAAUAUAUUAAUCAUAUA